UUGGCUGCGGUUAAGGCGAAUCCGUCGCCGUCGUUGUCCCAACAUUAAACACUUGUUGAAAGUUAAAGGGACGCACUUUGACGCGUAAUUUAUGCGCUUAAUUUCUAAAUAACGUUCUGUUUUUUUUUAUGUGAUGGUAUUUGAGUUUUUUUUUGGUAAUUGAACUUUGAAAGAAGAUAUUGCAAUUAUUAAGAUUAUCUCCGCACUAAAGAAAAAAAAUCACAAAAUGCUCGCUAAAAUUACCAGUCAAGAUGACAGCAGGAGAGAUGCAGUAAGAUAGGAUGUCAGGAAGAAGCUAAAAACUUCGGCGUAUUGGCGGAAUGACGCUGAUUCUUUCCGUGAUUCUGACGAUUAUUUGCGCUAUAGGAAUCGCUUUUAACGGAUACACAGUUCUCGUUAUACUUCUAACUAGGCAGGUUCAUACUGCCAACAACAUUUUACUGCUACAACUUGGAGUAGUAAACAUCUUUAUUGGAAUUCUUUUUUUAAUAUUUUGUCUGCCGGGAGUAAAGGAAACAGAAUGGGCCAGGGCAGGCACCUCAUGUACAGUAAAUGGAUUUUUAUUUACUUUUUUGCAUCCCCUUGCUCUGUGGACUAUAUGUGGCCUGAACUGCGAUCGCUACUAUGCAAUCGCCUCACCGCUACAUUAUACUCAUAUUGUUAGUACAAAUAAGGUUAUUAUAGGUUUACUAAUUGGUUGGGUCAAUUCAUUCCUCUUAGCCAUUCCGCCGUUAGUCGACGCCGCUCCAUACAAGUUCCUGCCCGGUUUAGGCGCCUGCGCCCCCGACUUUAGAAGUGGUAAUGGUACCGUGUGGUACGCUUCCACAUAUACAGGGUUCACGUUUCUCAUUCCAGCUACUGUGUUUAUAUGUUGUAAUGCAAAGAUUUUAAUUAUAGCGAGAUACCACCGUCACCGAAUCGCCUCCGCCAUAUUCGAGGUGGCUCUGUCGGCGCAGGUAACCAUCACCCAUCAGCGCAAUCCGUUUUUUGUACCAACGGUAACGGCACCAUCUGCCGGUGGUCCCAAAUUCCGCGGUUCCAACCCUAUUUUGGCUGUUUUUUUACUAGUUGGAUCAUUCCUCGCCAUGUGUGUGCCAUACUAUGUUUUAAUAUUGUUCGAAGCUAUGUCUAAAGAGGUGCAAAAGUCAGAUUUUGGAUUGGCUGAAGGGAUAAAAGUUAAUUAUUUUUAUAUGGUGGCCGGAACUUUGCUGUUAUGUUCACCUGCUGUAAAUGGUUAUUUAUAUGGUCUAAAAAACAAAAGCCUAAAAAAAGCGUUUAUGAACUACUGGAGAAAAAAACAAACAAAAAGUGAAGUAAACCAUGAGAUCCAAGCGAGAACCCCGAGUACUUGUGGAUCGAGGAGACCAUCAUUGACUCCCUUUGGAAUAUUUACCAAAAACGCUGGAGUUUCCAGAAGGAUGUCCGAAACUCUUAUAGAUGUAAAUAAAUCCCUAAAAUGUCCACAGAAAAGUAAAAUUAAGAGAAUCACGUCCGAGUUCAUGUGGAGACCAUCAUCAGCAAACAAUUUAAAUAUGUCCCCUAAGGAAGAACAGCCUCCGAAACCAAUAAAACAAACUAUCAGCUGUAACACUUUAAGGGUCCCAGAAGAAAACAAUAUUAACCCAGACGACGAACCGAGAGUCUCAACAGAAAAAGACGCUACGUAUGAGUUGCCUGCAAAACCUUAUAGUCCCGGAAUACUUUUGCAGAAAAUUUUUAAAUUUGAACAAGAGAAAAUAAGUAAAAAAGGAAUAAAUUUUAGAGAGGGUGGUAGCCCGAAAAGGUCACCAAGAAUACUUAUAACGCGAGCGUUUUCGGAAGAAAGCGAUAAAAACUCACAAAGCAGCUCGCCGAGUCGAGAAAUAAACAAGAAACAUUCCACCUCGGCUUCGAAUUUAAUUGAAAGAAAGUGGCGGCAAAUAAAAUAUCAAGAUGAAGAUACUGAUAGCGACUGCGCAAAAUCAAAUUGCACAACGAAACCGCUGCUGGGUAGCAGCAGCUUAAGCAAUCGGUCCUCCGAAUCGUCGGAAACAUCCGGAUCUUCGGGGAAAAUUUAUAUUAAUAUUGAUGGUAGAAGAAUGUCGGUGGAUACAUCGGAAACCGAAAACUCAAACGAAGAUCAGCUUCUACUCACGUGGAAUUCCCACAAGAGAUUCGGCAGACCUGAAGACGCACGCAGAUCUCCGAAACCCAGUAUUAUGAAGGUCACCGUUCAAACCAAAGAAAUUGUUCUUUAGUCUAGAGCUGCAUCGUAGCCGACUGAUUUUAUAUGUGAAUUUUUCCCAUGCUUUCUGUAGUAUAUGAUUUUUGGUUUUUCAGCUCAAAUUAUCACAUAUUUAACUAUAAAUUGCGAUUUUAAACGUGCCGUAUAACAUAAAUGUGUCUUGUGAUUUUUUUUCUUAUUGUGAUAUUAUUUUUACGAACAUCUAUCUAGUCAAGUUGAUUUUGUCCUGUUUUCUAAAUGUGUACGUAAUAUUGGUGCGCAAAGGUGAAUGUUAUGUGCUAAAAUAUUAAUCAUUCCAACUAGUAUCUAAGUUUUAGUUUUAGGUUCAGUUUUAAAACUAAUUAAUGUAUGGGUUUAACAGCAAAUUGAAAUAAGGAAUAAUAUUAACCCAUUUAUUAAACUAGGUUGUUCGAAGAGCUGAUUUUUUACUUUGUAGAAAUUGAUUUAUUAAGGCUAGUAAAAUGCUUUCAAAAAACUAAAUAAAACAUUCCACUUUCACAGGAGUCGAGAGAUUAAAAAAGUAAUAAAGACAAAUUCUUGCCUAAGCUUGCACAAACAUAAAAUAAUUAGGAGAAACAAUGAAAAAUUUUAAAAGAAGGCUUCUUUUUAAAUUAAGCUGAUAGUACAUCUUGAUACGGUAAAAUUUUUGACAAAAUCAGGCUAAAAUAUUUAUGUCAAAAUGCAGAUAAAGAGGAUAAACCUUUAAAAGGGUACUAACGUUAAAACAGAAAAAUACUUUUAUCACCUUAGCUAACUGCAUGAACAUUCUCCAACUCUCUCCAUUUUGCAACAAUUCAGGAUCGUAUUCUCUUCCCAUUGCUCUCAGAAUAGGACAAUGUCUUAGACGUGAUCUCUCUAAAAAUCUCCGCCCUUCCGGAUUUUGUUUUCAAACCAUUUUGAUCACUUUUAAUUACUUUGAUAGUGUCGGGUUUGUUAUAGACCUAUAGAACUCGGCAUGGUCCAAAUAUCUUGCACCGAACUUUUCAUUCGGAACACUAAUCACUAUAAUAGACUAUCAAUUUAAGUCUUACUCCGUACGUGACCACUGGUCGUAUGACUAUUUUAUACAUUUUCAUUUUUAAUUUUUGGGAUGGAUUCUUGCUAUUAGUAUCUUCUUUUAGAGCAUGUACGCAUCUACAGCCGUAUUGGAUUCUUAUUUUGACUUCGUCGGAUAUACUGUUUUCUUCGUUGAUUAUGUUCAAAUUGUACUCUGUCAUUCUAACGUUUUGCCCUAUCUUAUCUCUUGUCGUUUUUUUAUCAACAUACAUGUACUUUGCUUUAUCCUCGUUAAUUUUAAGACCCAUUACUUCCGACUGUCUUUCAACUUUAUUGAAUGUCAUUUUCAAAUGCCAGAAGAUCCCUUGGGCCAUUAAUACCAAAGACCUCCAUGGUCAAUUCCGGUACUCUUAAGGCAUUUUCCAUACCGAAAAAUAUCGGGUAGAGGGAAUUACCUAGUUUCAGGCACCUCAAUACGAAUCUGAUAUUAUCUCACCCACUUGUAUUAGAUUUCUGGAGCCGUUGACACUGUUAAACUUGUUAACUCUACCACUGAGUCUCUUUGAAUACUAUUGAAUGAUAAAAGAAAUUAAAUUCCUCGAAUUACUAAUUGAACUAUUGAUUAUAUAAGCAUGGUGGAGAGGGUUAAAUGUGUUUUUUUCUGAUUAAAAUUAAAUUAAUUUUACUAUUACGUCCUUUUUGAAGGGAAAGCGAACAAUUUACAACUGCUAAGACAAACUCACACAGACAGACUGUUAGACAUAUCAAAUUAACCUAAAAUAAGGCUGCAUUCACAGGUGUGUAUCUAAAUAGUUGGAUUGUUAUUUCAACAAAUAUUGCCAGUAAAAAAUAUAUAAUUCCUGAUGUUGCCUAAGAAAGGACUAUCCUACAGCCAUAGCUUUAGCUACAUUUCUCAAAAGUUAUAUAUUAUAUUCUCUUCCUAUCGUAUACUUUGGUAGACAAAUAUUUGUGAAGCGAAAAAAUCUAUGCGAAUUAUUGGUGUUCAAUCGUUAGUCAACAUUUACCUUUGGAUUCUAAACUUAAAGUGGAGAAUCUAGAAGGUUCAAAAUUCUUGCCAUGGACCAAUAUUUGACUUAAAGAAGUACAAUCACCUUAGUGAUGAUAUGGAGUAAUAGAGAAUGAAGAAUCAUAGACUAUUCGACGUAGGUUCUUUUUUACAUAGAGCUUCUAAUGUUACUUUUAUAUACAUUAAAUGACAAAUUUUAUGAAUAAUAUUCGUGCAAUACAGCUAAACUCUUAUCUAGGGAUGGGUUUUUUAAAACUUGUCAAAAAAUACCAGAUUUCUUUUUUUUUUUUAAAUUCUAGUAGCAUUUCGUAACUUUAUGAUAGGAAAAAAUUAAUUGAUAGAGGCCAAAAAGUUACCCAUUUUUCAACACCACUAUGUACAUACCUAGGGACGUAUGUUGUUGUACCUGGAGACAAUUAUACACAAUGUGAAAACACUUUAUUAAACAUUUAUUUUCAAUAAAGUAUCACUUCAAAAUUCGCUAUAAAAUAUUUAGCUCGAGAUUUAAUAUUGAAUAGUUAGUUGAUCGUACUGUUUCGCGUUCAGGUUGUCUCAGGACAAUGUCGCUCGCCUCCAAAGUGAAAAUGUUAGAAUUUUUGAAAUCCACAAAAAAUAUGUAAGUUUAUAAUUUUUUUUUUUAGAGAAAUUGAACUUUGAGAAUCAGCCUUGUAACUUUUACAUUUUUUGCAACGUAAUACCCCUUAUUUUUUUCGUCUAUUGUGUAAGGCUGUAGUUACCUACUUCAAGAUAUAUAUUGACAAUUUAGCAUUUCCAAAUAUGUAUCUGCGUCAUCUUGAUUUAUGAAUUCCGAAUCUGAUGAACCCUCUUGAAAACUGGCUUCUAUUUUCUCAUUCUUAUUACUUUCUCUUCUUAAUUCCUUCUACUUUAUUAUUUCUAUUUCUUCUGGGAUGUCUGUUAUGAUUCUAGACUUUCCAACUCUUUUUCUGUUAUUGGCACUUUGACGGGGGGAGGAGGGAUUUUUAGGGGUGCGUCGUACCAUUUCAGAGAUAAAAGACUUUCUGGUUCUCUGGUAUGUAAAAACCUCAAGAAUAUUAGUUACGGUUGUUUGACCUUGACCCCACCCUCUGAACUUGUAGAACAUCCAGAAUUAUUAUUAAAUUCCUCUUUGUAGAAGUGCAUUUUGUUCUAUUUUUCACAAGGACACUUGAAACAAUUAAUUUGCAACCUCACAGACUUAAUUUGAUUAAGAAGCCAAUCUUAUAUUUAAUACGAUUUUCAUUACAUUAUUUCCAUAUAAUGGACUUCGGCGUUAUAAAAAAGCGAUGGAAUAUAAAGAGCGACAUAUAUUAGUUCAUUCUUAAAAAAGAAUAUAAAUGCGGAAAUGAUCCUAAUAUAAGAGAGGCAGAUCAAGAGUCUGAAGAGUUCCAUAGUGUGGAGCUGAAUAACGUGACAAUCAGAAUGCAUGUUUCCAAAAUGAAGAGAUACUUUAAGGUUCAAAUUCUUUAACUCACAAAAUGUGGCCAAUAAGCUUCUCUUUGGUUUAUGUUCAUAAGAAAUCUGACUUUCUUGUAGAGUGAAAAGCACAUUCAGAUGACCCUGCUCGAAACGAAAUGACAUAUUUGUGAUGUGACUUAAAAUAGAAGAAAUAAACCAUUAGUGAUACUUCAAGACCUAAUUUCUCUCUAAUCUUCUUAAUCUAUAAUCUUGGUGUGAAAAAGAAGUUUACGUCAGUUAGUUACCAAUUUACAAAUUUCUCUGUCAAUGUUAGUUCGCCUUUAAAGUUUUAUACUUUAUAUCACUCAAAGCCAGCUGUUCAUUUAUUUAUUGUUUUUAUGUAAGUAAUUAGAUUGCUUAAUUGAAUUAAAACUUAUUAAUUCUUUAUUUAAAUAAAAACAGGGUUAUUACAUAAAUAACAAUCAGAGAACGCUAUUUGAACUAUCAAAGUUUGUAGAAUCAUAUAAAUUAGAGGAUGUGAAUAUUACAUAUCUUUAUUUAUUUGUUAAUAAUUAUACAGUGCGGUCCCAAAGUAAUAAAUUGAUAAUUGACUACAAAAAAAUUACGGGAGCUAGUGUUUAAAGGAAAUUACAUUUAGAAAAAUGCCAAUAAACAUGAGAACUACAUUAAAUAAAAAAAUUUUCGUAAGACUUAUUUCAACAUCAUCACUGGUUUUAUUAUAAAUUUAUUACAACGCAUUGUAUACAGUGAAUACAACUCUAUAUAAAAACAUAAAAUAUUUAUAAUCCAUCUUUUUUCUAAUUCAGGGAUCUUGUACAAUAUAUUAAAUAGUAUUAUAAAUUCUCAUGUAUCAGUAUUACUAGAGGCUAUCAAAGAAGGCAUAAAUUAUAUUUAUUUUCAAAAUAGGUACCUAUAUGAAAUAUUUUAAUAAAUGUUAGAGAAGUUAUUUGUCUUUUUGUAUAAUAUAUAGAAUAUUAUGAUGAUCAGGGUCACUUGUUUUAGAUAAAUUGAGAAUACUACUUUAAUAGGAAUACCGUGAUCGAAGAAUAUACUUGGUAAGAACUGUAUAUUUGUAAGUCCUAAUAUGGUAUAAGGUUAAUUAAAAUUUUAUGUUAGCACUAAUAUCACAUUUGCACCAUAUGGUAUGUUUUUUAAUUAAAUGUUUGUUUUACAAGAAAUUCCAUGGUGAAAACUAUAUUUAGAUAAAAUUAUCCUUUUUGGAUCAGGUCUUAGUUUCCUACAAUUUUUUUCUUUAUAAUGACUUAAAAUUGUCUACUCCUUGUAUCGUAAAUAGUCGGAAACUAAUUAAUAAUAAAAAGAAAGAUCUACGAAUCAACCAAAUUUAUUCUACAUACAAAAUAGCUAAAUUGUAUCCCUGUAACGAGAAUCCUAAUCGUAAACUUACAUACAUCGUAUUUGCUUCAGUUUGAUGUUUAAUCUAUUUUGAAUCUAUCACUAGCGUUUGCGUAGAAUUGAUGACACAUUUCAUUGGUCACAUUUCAACAAACCAGUGAAUUAAAUGCUAAUAAGCAUGCACCAAUAUGAGACCAUAAAUGGAUGAGCAUUAAUUUUUCUUAAAAUAAAGAUAUCUCAAAAACCUGUUCUGAACGUAUCUGAAUUUGUGCAGCGCAUUAGAUUACCCAGUAUUUGUUUUGUUAAUCCCCAAGGUGUAUUUUCUUUUUUACUAUUGUAGUGUACAGAGAAUUUAAUUCCAUUAUUAUUAUAAUUAUAAUUGAUAUUAACUUUUAAAAAUUACUUGACAUGACAAAAUUUUUAAAAAUGUACAUAAUAUUCAAUAUUUCUAGGUUAUAAAAACACGGCGUGAAAUUGCCUUUAACUAGUAGAAAAUUUAUUGCAAUGUAGAUAUAAAAUAAUGUCAAAAGGGUGAGAUCAUUUUUUGAAAUGUAUUAACACAUCAUAUUUAUUAAAGCAUCUUAAAAUCUUGAGAAUGUUACGCAAAGUACAAACCGAAAGCAAACUAGAAUACCAAUGGGUUCUUUUCUAUAAAAUAAUGAAAGUAAUUUUACAAAAUUAUAUAUGAUAUUAAUCAUCCAAAUUUACGUAUUAUAUAAAGGCAUGAGUUUGCAAGAAUGAUAUGCAUGAUAGCAAUAACACGUCAUAGUUUUAUUAAGAUUUGAUAUUGGCAGCGUAAUUUAAAAAAAAGCAGCCGAUAGCAUUGCAUCGUCAAAUAUUGACCAACUCUGUCAAAUGCUUUUGAAAAAUCAAUAGAAACAGCUCCUAGUUGCUUACGCCUUUAGCGUCCAAGAGGAAAUCCGAAUAUAGCAUAAGAUUCGCCACUGUUGACUUCUGUUAUAAGCUUGUACUUCCAUGCCAAUUGAGUAGAUGAUGGUCUAAUAAUUUUAAUAUACAAUUUCUCAUUAUUAGAUAAAAAUAUAAGAAAAAGUGUUUUUUUUUCUUAAACGCCUUAUGAAUCGUAUACAUGCCUGUAGUGAUCAAAUUACGACGGGAUCACAUCAGGUCCUGAGGAAUAAUUAAACCUACAACUUAUGAUAGUGUUAUAGACACCAAAGACUUGAAAAUCUAGCAAUAGAUUUUUAAAGGUAAAAUUUUAAAGGUAUUUUAAGUCAAUUGACUAAAAUUUAUUUUUAUCUGAAGCAGCUGAGUGGUUAUAGCAUUUGAUUAGUCAAGGCAGUUGAGCUAGAAAUACACUUCAAAUUUUAGGCACUUUACUAAUAUUUUAAAGCCAAUUGUUAUUUUGUUGCAGGCAGAGUAUUGUUGCAUUUGCCUUAUUUUAGUCCAGUAUUUCCUCAAUUCUUGGUAACUGAGGCAAGAAUCCUAAAAUGUAUUUUUAUCUAAUCAGUUGAGUGAUCAAAGCAUUUGAUUAUUCCCGACAUUUGAGGCAAAAAUUCACUUCUAAGUUCAGACACUUCUGAUAUUCCAAAGCUAAUUGCUGUUUUAUUUUUUGCAGUUUAUUGCUGCAUUUGUUUAAUUUUAGUUCAAUAUUACGUCAAUUCUAGGGAACUGAGUCAAUAAUCUCAUCAUUUAAUUGCCUCGACUAAAAUUUAUUUUUAUUUAGGCAGUUAAGUAGUCAUAGCAUUUGAUUAGUCCAGGCAGUUAAGCUAAAAAUGCACUUAAAAUUUUAGGCAUUUUACUGAUAUUUUAAAGCCAAUUGUUAUUUUGUUUCUGGCAGUGUACUGCUGCAUUUGCUUAAUUUAAGUUCAAUAUUGCCUCAAUUCUAGGCAACUGAGUUAAGAAUCUAAUCAUUCAACUGCCUUAACUGAAAUUAAUUUUUAUCUAAAGCAGUUGUUAGUAAUAGUAUUUGAUUAGUACAGGCAGUUGAGCUAGAAAUUCACUUCUAGUUUCAGGCAUUUUCUUGGCAGUGUAUUGCUGCAUUUGUUUAGUUUUUGCUCAAUAUUUUCUCAAUUCUAGGCAACUGAGCCAAGAAUCUCAUCAUUCAAUUGCCUCGACUAAAACUUAUUUUUAUUUAGGCAGUUAGAAUAUAAUUUGAUUAAUUCAUGCUGUUGAGUCAAAAUUGUACUUCAAAUUUUAGGCACUUUACUGAUAUUUUAAAGCCAAUUGUUAUUUUGUUUCAGGCAGUGUGUUUCUGCAUUUGCCUUAUUUUAGUCUAAUAUUUCCUCAAUUCUAGGCAAGUGAGCCUAGAAUUUUAAAAUUUAUUUUUAUCUAAUCCGUUAAGUAGUCAUAGCAAUUGAUUAGUCCAGGCAGUUAAACUAAACUUGCACUUUUAAUUUCAGGCACUAUACUGAUAUUUUAAAGCCAAUUGUUAUUUUGUUUCAGGCAGUGUGUUUCUGAAUUUGCCUUAUUUUAGUCUAAUAUUUCCUCAAUUCUAGGCAAGUGAGCCUAGAAUUUUAAAAUUUAUUUUUAUCUAAUCAGUUAAGUAGUCAUAGCAUUUGAUUACUCCAGGCAGUUAAACUAAACUUGCACUUCUAAUUUCAGGCACUAUACUGAUAUUUUAAAGCCAAUUGUUAUUUUGUUUCAGACAGUGUAUUGCUGCAUUUGUUUAGUUUUUGUUCAAUAUUUUCUUAAUUCUAGGCUACUGAGCCAAGAAUCUCAUCAUUCAAUUGCCUCGACUAAAACUUAUUUUUAUUUAGGCAGUUAGAUAGUUAUAUAGUUUGAUUAGUUCAACAUGCAGUUGAGUCAAAAAUGCACUUCAAAUUUUAGGCACUUUAUUGAUAUUAAAAUGCAGCUUUUUCCUUAAUGGUAUUGUGAACAGACAUAAUUGCAGAUAUCAGUCGGCUUUUAAUCCUAGAUCAUUUAAGGAACUACAUACCCAAUAUCCCGAAAAAUUAAAUGUAUGCACUGGAAUUUUCGGCCACCGCAUUAUUGAGCCAUAUUUUUUACAUAGAAAUUUAACCUUGAGUUAUUGUAAACUACUAUUGAGAAACUGGAAACUACUACUUUAGUUACUGCCAUUGAGGAACCAAUGGCGCUCAUUGGUCAGAAAAUUUAAUUUUUCUGCAAGACGAAGCACCUCUGCCGAAAGGGAAUUUUUGGAUGAAAAUCGUCAUGGAAGAUGGAUUGGACGGAGAGAUCCAACUGAACGGCCUGCCAGACCUCCUGAUUUGUCACCCCUUGACUUUUUUUUGUGAGGUCAUUAAAAAUUCAAAUUUUAUGCAAUGCAGUCCGAUUCUUUAGAAUAUUUGCGACAACGAAUAGUGCACGAAAAAUUACACCUGAAAUGUUACAUAAUGUGCCCGAGAAUUUCGAGCAGUGUCUCCGCUUUGUAUGGAAGUUGGAGGAGAGCAUUUUCAAUAUUUAAUUGAUUUAAAAUAGAUUAAAUAUAAAUAUUAGAACAUUUUAAUUUAAAGCCAAUUUUUAUUUUGUUUCAGGCAGUCUAUUGCUGUAUUGGUUUGUGCAAUAUUUCUCUUAAAUUUUGCAAAAUAGCUGAUAGGAGAUAUAAGAUCCCUAAUGAGUAAAUUAAGCGUGUCUUAUGAAAAAUUUUCUUAGUUGAUACAAUAUUAGUCCAUUAUACCAAACAAAUAUUUAGAUAAUAUUAUUCUGGUUUGUUAAAUUAUUCUUGAAGAUUACAGACAUACUUUUAAUUAUUAUAUCAUUAUUUUAUUCAAGGAACAUUCCUGUAGGAAUCUUCAGUUAACUUUUUCAUUAAGGUUUUACAAAAACUUUUAUUUUAUGAUUUUUUCAACAAGUAUAUUCUUAGUAUCACUCCAAUAUAAAAACAAAUGACCUUGCAUUCAUCGUUUGGGAUUUGUUUUUCUAUUCGCAUUGUAAUAUGCAAGUUAAUAUAAAACUUAGUUAAAAUAUUAAUAUAUAUUAACUUGUAUAAAGUAAAUGCCUACAAACAAAAAACAUCCCUGUAAAAAACUCAAUGUUAGGUGAUACGCGUCACAUGCAUGUAGUAUAUAUUAUUCAAAAGUUCAUCAG